CACAGUACGAAUCAUACACGGAGUACACAGUUUACAAACUUUAUUUUCUUUUCAGCUUCAAAUCCCCUGCCCCCAACAAAUCCUAGUAAUCUGAUCAAUCUCUUCUAUCUGAAGCAAUCCGUGGAAAUGGGUAGCUCUGAAAGACCGAAAGGUGCAAUCUUGCUGGGGUUGCUACUGGCGGCGGCGCUCCAAUCGGCGGCGGGUCGGUUCGUGGUGGAGAAGAAUAGCUUAAAGGUGCUCUCCCCUGAUUCCAUAAGAGGAACUUACGAUUCUGCCCUCGGGAACUUUGGGGUUCCUCAGUAUGGAGGCAGCAUGACUGGGGUUGUCGUCUACCCUAAGGAAAACCGGAAGGGAUGCAAGGAAUUCCAUGACUUUGGGAUUUCAUUCACCUCUAAACCCGGUUCUUUGCCCACCUUUGUUCUUGUGGACCGUGGAGAUUGCCACUUUGCAUUGAAGGCUUGGAAUGCUCAGAAAUCUGGUGCUUCGGCAGUGUUAGUCGCGGAUGACAUAGAUGAGCGGUUGAUAACUAUGGACUCGCCCGAAGAGGACGGGUCUUCUUCAAGCUACGUGGAAAACAUAACGAUUCCAUCUGCACUUGUUGAGAAAAGCUUUGGGGAGAAGUUGAAGAAAUCGCUAAGGGAAGAAGAAAUGGUCAGUGUGAAUCUUGAUUGGAGAGAAACUCUCCCUCACCCGGAUGACCGUGUCGAAUAUGAACUGUGGACGAACAGCAACGAUGAGUGUGGGUAUAAGUGUGAUAUGCUGAUGAGGUUUGUGAAAGAUUUCAAAGGAGCCGCGCAGAUCUUAGAGAAAGGCGAGUACACUCAGUUCACCCCACAUUAUAUUACAUGGUAUUGCCCUCAGGCCUUCACUGUGAGCAAACAGUGCAAGUCUCAAUGCAUUAAUCAUGGGAGAUACUGUGCUCCGGAUCCCGAACAAGAUUUUAGCUCAGGUUAUGAUGGGAAGGAUGUUGUUGUUGAAAAUCUGAGGCAACUUUGUGUCUUUAAAGUUGCCAAAGAGGCCAAGAAGCCAUGGGUUUGGUGGGAUUACGUGACCGACUUCCAGAUUCGGUGCCCCAUGAAGGAGAAGAAGUAUAACAAGGAAUGCGCCGAUGGUGUAAUCAAGUCUUUAGGUCUUGAUCUGCAAAAGAUAGAGAAGUGUCUUGGAGAUCCCAAUGCAGAUGCUGAUAACCCUGUCUUGAAAGAAGAGCAAGAUGCUCAAAUUGGUAAAGGUUCACGGGGUGAUGUGACCAUUUUGCCUACUCUUGUUGUCAACAAUAGACAGUAUCGAGGGAAGUUAGCAAAAGGCGCUGUGUUGAAGGCAAUUUGUGCUGGUUUUGAGGAAACUACAGAACCUGCUGUUUGUCUUAAUGGAGACAUUGAGACAAACGAGUGCUUAGACAACAACGGUGGCUGCUGGCAAGACAAGGCUGCCAACAUAACUGCCUGCAAGGAUACUUUUCGUGGACGAGUGUGUGAGUGCCCUUUGGUUGAUGGUGUGCAGUUUAAGGGAGAUGGUUACAACUUUUGCAACCCAAGUGGGCCCGGCCGGUGUCACAUCAAUCACGGGGGUUGUUGGCAUGAAACCCGAAAUGGACAUAGUUAUUCUGCCUGUGUGAUUAAUGGAGAUGGAAAGUGCACUUGUCCUCCAGGAUUCAAAGGUGAUGGUAAGAGUUGUGAAGAUAUCGAUGAAUGCAAAGAAAAGAGGGCCUGCCAGUGCCCUGAAUGCAACUGCAAGAAUACAUGGGGUGAUUAUGAAUGCACUUGCAGUAAUGACCUUUUGUAUAUGAGAGAUCACGACACCUGCAUAAGUAAGACAGCUACUCAAGUCAAGUCUUCUUGGGUGGGCGUUUGGGUCAUUUUGAUAGGACUGGCUGCCGUUGCUGGCACUGCAUAUCUUGUAUACAAAUACAGAUUAAGGACAUAUAUGGAUUCAGAGAUCAGAGCGAUAAUGGCACAAUACAUGCCACUAGAUAGCCAGCGUGAGGUUCCAAGUCACACAGGCGAUGCCCGUGCUUGAGAGAGUGCUUAGCGUUUCGACUAACUCCCCUCCUAAUGCUGGACCCCACUUCAGCAGGAGAUGUAAAUACCCUUUUCUUAUUUUUUCGGAUGGAAUCACACGCUUUGUCUCCGCGUCCCCGAGGAGGGUAUUAUGGUAAUUUUUACUAUUAGUUGUAGAAAGAGUUGGGCAUUGGUGCACCAUAUCUUUGUGUCAUGUACUUGUAAUGAUUAAAAAAUGCCACCGUACAUUUUGGUAGGAACAAGUGAACAACAGCCACUGGCAGGCAUAUUCUUGAAGGGUUGUGCUGCCAUAAUUUUAUUCAAAACCGUAUGCAUCAAGCUUCAUUCUUGUAUGAUUACCGUGGCUGGUAAAAAAUAUUUUUUAUUUAUUUAAAUAAGCAUGAUUAUGAGCUAUGAAAUUCAUCAACCAGAGUAUGCAAGUUCUUUACCUUAUAUAAUUGCACUUUAAUUUUCUCUUCCACUGCUCAAAAACAUUCUCUUCAACGAUGAGUUUGUAGCUGAAAAAAAAUCAUCUGAAGUUAAGUUCUUCUGCAAUCGCUUAUACGUAACAGUGAUGGACUUAUCAACCUGCACACCCAACAUCCAUCAAUGUUGUACAAUCCUUAUAUUUUUUGUUGUCUUAGGACAACUCAAUCUCAAAUAAAAGAAGAUAAAUUGU